UUUGCCAUUGAAAUGUUUGUUCAUCUGGUUUUAAAGUUGCUUUUGGAAUUUGGGUUUGGUUUUUUUUUGAGGUUUGAGUGAGCAUGGAGGAGGUUGAACAAGCUAACAAGGCAGCUAUUGAGAGCUGUCAUAAAGUUUUUAGUCUCUUGUCUUUACCAAGGGAUCAAGUUCAAUGUAGCAGCUUAAUGAUGGAAACUAUGGAAGCUGUGUUUAAGUUCAAAAAAGUUGUGUCUCUUCUCAGCAAUGACUUGAGUCAUGCAAGAGUAAGAAAGUUGAAGAAGUUUAGGUCAAGUUUACCUCAAAAAAUUUUCCUGGAAGGUCCCCAUUGCAGAACAAUAUUAUCACCAAAACCCCUUCAAGUACACCCUUCUAAUCUGUUUGAAAAACUACCCUUUGAAGCUGAUGCUAGAGCUAAAAAUCACUUGCAGCUGACACAAAAGUUGUUCUUUGAUCAGAACCCUUCAUUUGAAAUGAAUUCAUCAGUAAAGCCAUCACAAGACUUCCACUUUGUUCAUCAUCAUCAGCAACAGAUGCAAAGGCUUCAAUUUCAGCAACAACAAAUGAAACAUCAUGCUGAUAUGGUGUUUUCCAAGAAUAAUAAUGGUAUAAACCUUAAAUUUGAUGGAUCCUGUUGCUCACCAACCAGAUCAUUUGUCUCAUCUUUGAGUAUGGAUACGAAUUCCUUUCAUUUAAUUGGCAUGCCACACCAUUUUGAUCAAAUCUCACAACAAUCAAGAAGGACUUGUUCAGGUAGGGGAGAAGAUGGCAGCAUGAAAUGUGGUACUACUGAUAAAUACCGCUGUUCAAAGAGGAGGAAACUGAGGAUUAAGAGGUCUAUUAAAGUGCCUGCUAUUAGUAACAAAGUUGUAGAUAUUCCUCCUGAUGAAUAUUCAUGGAGAAAAUAUGGACAAAAGCCGAUUAAGGGUUCUCCACACCCUAGGGGAUACUAUAAGUGUAGCAGUGUGAGAGGCUGCCCAGCAAGGAAGCACGUCGAGAGAUGCAUGGAAGACCCUUCAAUGCUGAUUAUCACGUAUGAAAGCGAGCAUAACCAUUCAAGGUUACUCUCAACACAAUAUGCCCAUACAUGA